AUGGCAAAGACUACGAAAAUUGCGCUGGUUUUUGGCGCCAGUGGCAUUUCUGGAUGGGCUCUAGCUAAAAACUUGCUCUCCUAUCCUACACCUACAAUCUUUGGCCGGGUGAUCGGUUUGACACAUCGCCCACGUACAAUUGUCGAGAGCGGCUUACCACAAGACCCGCAUCUCGAACUAUACUCCGGGGUAGAUCUCCGUACCGACCUGGAUACUGUUAAGAGGCAGAUGCAGGAACGAGUUCCCAACCUGAAUCAGGUCACACAUGUGUAUUACUGUGUUCUACAGACUGGCACCAAUAACUACGGCGUGGCAGUAUUCCAGCACCAGGACAAAAUUGAAAUCAAUCCUCCCUUGAGAGAAGACAAUCCUCGCAUUCCAUCUCCCUACGGGGAUGAGAUAUUUUACUACGAACAAGUGGACUUGAUCAAGGAGGCUUCUAUGGGGAAGUCGUGGAAUUGGUGCGAAGUUUGCCCGGACCAGAUCAUUGGAUUUGUACCUAACGUGACUGGUAUGACAUUUGUUGAGCCCUUGGCACUAUAUCUCUCGCUCUACCGAUUCGUCAACGGACCGGGCGCAAACAUCGCCUUCCCCGGAACCAGAAACAACUUCACUCAUACCUUCACAGACGCGUCUCAGGACUUGAUUUCCAAAUCUGAGAUCUAUCUUUCGGUUGAAACCCCCGAGAAGGCUAAUAGAGAAGCUUUUAAUAUCGCCGACACCGACGGGACCGGCCCCAGAGAAAAAGGUUGGGAAGACCUUGAGAAGUGGUGGAAUGAUCACCAACCUGACUACCGACGGAUGUACAAGACAUACAGACUGGAACGCCGUGAUAUUCCACCCUCAUCGUGGAUUUUCAUGAAGUCUGGGUUCGUCAUGCUUGAUCGAGAUCGUGAAAUGUGCUUGGAUAAGAUUAGAGACAUCGGUUUCAGAGAAGAGUAUCCAGUCGGAAUGGGUUACAUCAUUGCUCUUGAGCGCAUUGCCGAAGCUAAGCUGAUCCCAUCCCGACAUGCUCUAUCAACAUCUUUGUUUUCUGAGCCUUCGUUAACUAAGACCAUGAAAAUACUGGCUUCGACUUAA